ACGACCUUUGCUGCCGCGAGAGGUCACGCAGCGCAACACGCAGACGUGCGGUGCUGCACUGGCUGGCUCGACGUUGUAAGGCUGUUUAGAGCAGCAGUGAAGUAACCAUUGUUUGCACAGCACAAAGAUGCCGCUCCGCCUGGAGAUCAAGAGGGAACUUGCGCAGCGUUCGGAUCGUGUAAAGAGUGUUGAUCUUCAUCCGACAGAACCAUGGAUUCUGGCCAGUCUGUACAAUGGCAACGUGUAUCUAUGGAACUACCAGACACAAACCCUGGUUAAGUCGUUUGAGGUGACUGACCUCCCGGUGCGUUCUGCCAAGUUCAUUGCGCGGAAAGAGUGGGUUGUCACGGGUGCGGAUGACAUGUUUAUCCGGGUGUAUAAUUACAACACGGCAGACAAAGUGAAGACCUUUGAGGCUCAUACAGACUACAUCCGAUGUUUGGCUGUGCAUCCAACGUUUCCUUACGUCCUGUCGUCAUCUGAUGACAUGCUGAUCAAGAUCUGGGAUUGGGACAAAGGCUGGAUUUGCACCCAGAUCUUCGAAGGCCAUGCGCACUACGUGAUGCAGGUCGUGUUCAACCCCAAGGACACGAACACCUUCGCUUCUGCCUCUCUUGACAGGACCAUCAAGGUGUGGAGUUUAGGAAACCCGAAUCCGAACUUCACGCUCGAGGGGCACGAAAAGGGUGUGAACUGUGUGGAUUAUUUUGGUGGAGGCGACCGUCCGCAUUUGAUAUCAGGAGCGGACGACAAGCUCGUCAAAGUGUGGGAUUACCAGACAAAGAGCUGCGUGCAGACUCUCGAAGGACACACUCACAAUGUCUCUGCUGUUCUCUUCCAUCCAGAGCUGCCGGUCAUCAUUACUGGCUCGGAGGAUGGGACGCUGCGUGUAUGGCACGCAUCUACCUACAGGCUGGAGAACACUCUGAACUAUGGCCUUGAGCGCGUGUGGGCGAUUGGUGCCUGCAAGGGGUCCAACCGAGUUGCGAUUGGCUAUGACGAAGGCACAGUUAUGAUAAAGAUCGGACGAGAGGAACCGGUAGCGAGCAUGGAUGGCAGUGGCAAGAUUGUGUGGGCAAAGCACAAUGAAAUUCAGACUGUCAACAUCAAGUCUGUGGGUGCGGACGUGGAGGUGAACAACGGCGAGCGGUUGCCUCUUGCGGUGAAAGAGCUUGGCAGCUGCGACCUGUACCCUCAGAGUCUCAAGCACAACCCCAACGGGCGUUUUGUGGUCGUUUGUGGGGAUGGCGAGUACAUCAUUUACACGGCUCUUGCAUGGAGGAAUCGCUCCUUUGGCUCUGCGCUUGAGUUUGUGUGGUCAAUUGAUGGAGAGUAUGCCAUCCGGGAGAGCACAUCGAAGAUUAAGGUCUUUAACAAGUCCUUUCAGGAGCGGAAAAGCAUUCGGCCUACUUUUUCGGCGGAGGGCAUCUUUGGUGGUGCGUUGCUGGCCGUGAGAUCAAAUGAAUUUGUCUGCUUCUAUGACUGGGCUGACUGCCGGCUGGUUCGGCGUAUCGAUGUUUCUGCGAAGAACAUACUUUGGUCGGACAGUGAGGAGCUCUUGACGAUAUUGUGUGACGACAGCUUCUUCAUCCUGAAGUUCCAUCGAGACGUGGUCACUGCGCACCUGGAUUCGGGAAAGACGAUCGAUGACGAUGGAAUCGAGGAUGCAUUCGAGCUCCUGCAUGAGGUGCCGGAGCGAGUGAUAACUGGCGUUUGGGUGGGCGAUUGUUUCAUUUACAACAACUCACAAUGGCGCCUCAACUACUGUGUGGGGGGAGAAGUGACGACCAUGUUCCACUUGGAUCGUCCAAUGUACCUCCUUGGGUACCUGACAAGUUACAGUAGAGUCUAUCUCAUCGACAAAGACUUCAAUGUCAUGAGCUACACGCUGUUGCUGAGCCUGAUCCAGUACAAAACACUCGUUCUGCGCGGUGACCUGGAGGGUGCGGCAGCAAUUCUGCCCACCAUACCAAAGUCAGACUGGAACAGCGUUGCACGGUUUCUGGAGACACAGGAGCUGCUUGAGGAUGCCCUGCAGAUUGCGACCGAUCCGGAGUACAAAUUCGAUUUGGCAUUGCAACUGGGCAAUCUGGACUGUGCGCGUGAAAUCGCGGAGGAGCUGAAAAGCGAAGCAAGAUGGAGACAGCUGGGAGAGCUGGCGAUGUCGGCAGGCAAGUUUAAGGUGGCUCAGGAAUGUCUUUGCGAUGCUGCCGAUUUAAGUGGCCUGCUGCUGCUGUCGACAGCUAUGGGGAGCGAGAAGGUCGUGGAGGAUCUUGCCCGGACUGCAAAGGACCGGGGCAAGAGCAACGUAGCUUUUCUGUGCUUGUUCCUCUUGGGCAAUGUAGAGGAGUGCGUCAAGCUUUUGUGUGCAAGUGGCCGCCUCCCUGAGGCUGCUUUCAUGGCAAGAACGUAUGCUCCGAGCAUGAUCUCAGAGGUUGUCGACCUGUGGCGCCAUGACCUGAUGAAGGUGAAUCAGAAAGCAGCUGAAUCGCUGGCCGACCCUUCAGAGUACCCUAAUCUCUUUCCGAAUUUUGACUGCGCCUUGAAAGCCGAGGAGCAGUUCAAGUUAUCGCGCCAGAAUUUGCUUCCUGCUUCUGCUUAUGCGGAAUUGGGAGACAGUCUGCUGCGUGAUCCUAUUGCAGAGAUUAAGGCGGCGCUGGAAGAAGGAACGGAUCAGCUAUCAGAAAAUGGCCAUGAUGGACAGGACGAGCAGGGUGAUCCAUAUAUGACUCGGAAAGGAGAUCUCAGGGAGGAUGACUAUGAAAAUGUGGAGAAUGGAGAGGGUGGAGAUAUCACCAGUCCCGUGCAAGAGGAAUCGUAAUUGAUGAAGUUAUGGAUGCCAUCAUUCAUUUUCAGCAGUGCUUCUCUCUUCUUCAGUUCUGGCAUCUCUGGUUACCUCUGACCUUCAUUAGGUUUGGUUUCUAUUUAUGGAAACAAAGGUUUAGAAGGUGCGAGCUCUGCAAAUGCAUCGAGAAUCGACACGCCAAUUUGCAGCACCUUCUUUUGAAUUCAGGAGAGCAGACGCUGGGCCGCCACGGACAUAACAAAGGAGACGAUUAGGAAAACCGUCACCAGAGCUGAUGCGUACUGCUGGUUUCUCCUUGGCUCUUUCACAGCGUGUCAUAGGCAGGCAGGUGCAAAUGACUCUCUGCCGUAACCCGCAUCAUGAAGGAUGACUCUCUGUCUCUCUCCCUGCGCCUUCCCUACUCCUCCUGCGGAACUGUUGAACCCCACCUACCAUCAACCAUAAGCUGCAUGUUCGUCCCCCUUCCGUCUGCGAUAGCAAUCAGUGCUGUCUCUGGUGAGAGCAUAUCCUGUCAGCCAACACUUAGUGGCUUUUUCAUACUUGGUUUCUUGUCUUUGGGCAUGCAACCUUUUCCAACAAGGGAGAUGCCAUAAGUUGUGGCAAUGGUUUUAUUGCGUCCUUCACGGAGAAAAGAAGAUGGUUCGGUGCUACUAUUUGGGUGCUGACAACACACCUUCUUGGGGCAACGCCGCGACAGGAGGUUCGGUGUCACACUCGUCCUCUUAAAAAAAAGUAAGUCUAAUGGCCACGGUCAAGAGCAGCAGCGGGAUCUUUUUCUUUUUCGCCGAGAAUUCCCUUCACAAUAAUUUGAUUCAUACCACUUCACAAGUUUGUAGUUUGUGGAUGAUUUUACUUUCUCAAUAAUUUCGCUUCUUCACUUAAUACGUGGACAACAUUGCAACUGGGACCUGGUGGCCCAUCUAGCUACAUGGUAGGCAUAGUGACCACAUCAUGAGUUCAAACCUCGAUGACAUCAAGACAAUAUAUUUCAUCUGGGGGAGUCGAGGCCCGGGGAGUUUCUUGAGAUUAUUGUCUGGUGACCUUGUUUCGCGUUUCAUGGGCAACCUUGCAGAUCAUGAGUUCAAACCUUGUGUAGCAUUGGCCCUUGGGACAGCGACGACCCGGUGCUUGGGUCAAGGGACAGGAGUUUCUAGCAUUCUGAAAGUCAUUCUACUAUUAUGCUUGGAGUCCGGAAAGCAUCCGGUUAAAGAUCUGCCGACUGACAAGUGAUGAGGUAACCUGCAGCCAACUCAGCAUCGCGUUUUAGUUCCAGAGCAAUGCUCAAACUUCUAUUCGCUUUUUAUGCUGGAAGUUCUUCACCUUGACCUUCUUUGACAUCUUGGAAGCAGACAGAAGGAAGGAAGUCAGUGGUGGUGAGGAUUCCCUUCCAGGUUGUUUUGUUUUUGGCCUGCUGUGUAGAAUUGUAAUAAGAGUUGGGUUGCUGGCUUGCAAUCCUACGUUCUUUUGGCGAACUUGGGACUAGUCCUUUUCCGGUCUGAAACUGUCAAUUGCCUGAAGGGAAUUGCACAAGGACAGA